AUGGAAUCCAAUCUGGAUAUUAAGAAUGUAGAGGAAUGGCUGGAGGACGGCAGCCCUGCCGAGCAGUCCCGUAUCGAGGGAGUGACCCUGCGAUCCGAGGGCAGCCGGCGUCUGAAGCCGUUGCAGACCAUAGCGGCCAGUUGGAUCAUCUGUGACAGUUGGGCUGGUGUUGCUGCCACUGUGGCUCUCGCAAUUGUCCAGGGUGGACCUGUGACCCUCACCUACGGUCUCAUUGCUAUGUUCAUUCUGGUUGGAGCCUGUGCACUUACUCUUGGAGAGUUGGCCAGUGUAUAUCCGACUGCUGGUGGGCAGUAUCACUGGACGUCGAUUCUGGCUCCCAAGCCAGUCCGGCGAGUGUUGAGCUACGCCUGUGGGACUGCGAAUAUGUUUGCCUGGAUUGCUAUCUGCACUGGGAUUGCCAUUAUCCCCGCCCAGCUCAUUCUCGGAAUUGUCAUUUUUUAUUAUCCAGAUUACAACGCCCAGCCCUGGCAUUACUUUCUGAUCUACCAGGCCAUCAACGGGCUGGUGAUGCUGUACAACAUUGGGCUCCUGAAACGGUCGCUCUGGAUCCACGAUGCUGCCUUCUUGAUUACUCUAGCUUCGUUUCUCGUCAUCACAAUCACCUGUCUUGCUCGGUCGUCUGGCAAUUACGAACCGUCCGCAAACGUAUGGGAAACCUUCCUCAACGACAGCGGAUGGAGCUCCGGAGGUGUUGCGUUCCUGACUGGGCUCGUCAGUCCGAAUUAUAUGUAUGCUGGUAUUGACGGGGCAUUGCAUCUGGCGGAGGACUGCACGAAUGCCGCGACAGCAGUGCCCUGGGCUCUGGUCAGCACUCUUACCAUCGGCUUCGCGACCUCCUUUGCCUUUAUGGUUGCCAUGCUCUACUGCACCCAUGAUUUGCAGGCCGUGGUGGAAACGAGUACGGGUAUCCCGAUAUUCGAAAUCUGGCGUCAGGCGACACAAUCACCCGCCGCCACAACCGUCUUCGUUGUACUCGUAUGCUGCGCGGCGACAUUUGCACUCAUCGGGGCUCAAGAGACUGCAUCCCGACUGACCUGGUCUCUUGCCCGAGAUGAGGCACUGCUGGGCAGCAAAUGGAUUGGGAAGAUGCACGAUAGACUUGACGUCCCCGUGUGGGCGAUUGUCUUUAAUGCCAGUGUUGUCUUCAUCAUUGGGUGCAUCUAUCUUGGGUCUUCAUCGGCAUUUAACGCGUUCAUUGGGACGGGUCUGAUUCUGCAGCAUGUUUCGUACGCAUUCCCUGCCCUGCUGCUUCUCUAUCGUGGACGAGCGAGUAGCUGGCUGCCGGAAUCACGCAAGUUCCGAUUGCCAGGGCCGGUUGGAUGGACGGCGAACUUGACUACAGUUUGUCUUGCCGUUGUAGUGUUGGUCUUUUACAACUUCCCUACUGUGAUGCCUGUCACUGGAAGCAAUAUGAACUACUCGUCAGCGGUGCUAGGAGUAAUGGCAAUUGUAGCUUGUCUUAACUGGGUAUUCUACGCCAGAAAGAAAUAUCAUUGCCCAUAUCUGCGAGGAAUUGAGGAGUAA